UGGCCGUGGUCCUGAAAAUAUCUACAGCGCCGUCACGAAGACACGAGGCUAAGACGUGAACAAACGAGUCGUAUACCUUUUCAACAAUCAAGUUAAUUCAAACUAUACCUAUAGUUUCUAAAAAAGAAAGCAUAUUCGCUAGUAGAGAGAGUGUCCAAUAGCGAAGUUCGAAGAACAAAGAGCAAAAGUGCGUCGGACCACGUCACGCCUGGGAUCCCGGUGCGUCACCAUUUUCCUCACUCCUAAUCUGCAUGGUCAUGAUUCGGUGCAAACAAGUCUCUAGAGCCCCACUUGUGCUUCUCUUCUUCCUCUUCAGUCUUACAUUUGAGCCCACAAGCAGCAACCCUGUGAUUGAACACAAAGUGGGUAAUCAGUAUGAAGCCUCCUUUCCUGAACUUACACAGGCACAGAUUCAGUUUACCCAAACUGGAGAUGUUCGGCCAGGGACAGCAAAUGAAGAGGAGGAUGAACUUUUCAAAGAUGUUGACCCCAAAACCCUAGCAGCAGUCCUCUUAGAAGCCCUCAACAAUUCUCAGGAGCCAAUAAGUAAACAAGAGAAGAAAGAAGGAGAGAAUUACAAGGUAAAAGAGGACAGAGAGGCACAGAAUUUUGACAGAGAGAGAAAUGGAGAUCAGGAGCUGGAACUGGUGCGAGCAGCUGCUGAGGCACAGGGUAGAGAAGAGAGAGAAAGGGAACAGGAUGAGGAGAGAAAGAGGGAGGAGGAGGAAGAAGAACUCCUUACAGAAAAGGUGACCAGUCAUACCACCAGUCAAACAGUGCCUGUAAAUGAACAAGAAGUUGUUGCAAAGGAGGUGGCAAGCAAAGAAGAGCAGCAAGAAACAGAGGGAGUCACUGAUGGGAACAAAAAUGAGCAGCUGAGUCCAGAAGAGUUAAAGAACCUGGAAACCAUGUUAGAGGAGUUUCAGAGCUACAGUACUGCCACAAAAAGAGAACGUGAUUCCUCAUCUGGCCAGAGGGAGAGUCGUGGUGAUUACUUUGACUAUCUGGAUCGUAAUGGCCUCAUGAACAAUGAAAUCAAGCCCAAACCUAAGGGUUAUGACUUGGCUCUAUCUAAGAAGAAGCUUAAAUGGCAGCAAGAGCAGGAAAAAAACAAGAAUCGGCCAUUGUAUAAGGGAGGAAACUUCAUGGAUGAUUUUAAUGAUAAUAUUGAAGACCAAGAACAGGAAAAUGGAGAGGAUGAAGAGGAAUUACUGAGUCCGGAAGAGGAAGAAGCUAGGGCUAAAGCUGAACAGGAAGAGGUGCGCAGACAAGCAGCUGAGGCUCAGAGAGCCAAGGCAGAGGAAGAGAAGCUUGCAGAUAUUGCAUCAGACAUGAUCUUGCAAUACAUGGUCAAGCAAGAUGGGAAGAAGUACAGGGACAAUAAUGCUGCAGAAGACAAACGCUCAGAGGAAGAUGGUGCCAAUGAUGAUGAUGAUAUUGACCCACAAACUAUUGACAAGUUGAUAGAGAUCUCUAGUAAGCUGCACUUGCCUGCUGAUGAUGUUGUAGAUAUAAUCAGUGAUGUGGAAAAGAAGAAAAAAAAAGAUGCUCCUGAAACUCUGCAAUGGCAACGACCUCUUGUACCUCCUCCAGCCCCUGAUGUCCCAUCUUCAGUCUUGAGAGCAUCACCACCCUCAAAGCCACCGAAGCCUAACACAAAUGUACUGAAAUCAUGGUUUAAGGAGAGGGCUCCUAUUAAGCCCAGUCAACAAGAUUUUUGGAUCAAGCAACAGUGGCCCUUUUGGACCUACCCUUCCUAUCGACGCUAUCCAAAGCCCUACAGUAGUUAUUACACCAUCUACAUGCCACCUCCCCAGCCUAAACCACGUUAUUAUGCUAAACCCUCCUACUCUCUAAAUGACAUUCUGGGGAAUUCACUGGACUAUGAUUACCCUCUGAAACAAAGGUAUCUUCCCUGGACACAAAGUCGUCCAAGGGCUCCUCUGGCCUUCCGGCGGAACCUCUACUUCCCUAACUACAUUGUCCCUCAACCCCGGACUUUCAAAGGCAUACCUAUGCCCAAACCACGGUCACCCCUGCGUCAUCGGCCUGCUUUCUUUUACUCACCCACAGCUUCUGUAGUUGCCCAACAGGAUAGCUAUUAUAGCCAGAUGGAGCAACCACAGCCAGACAGCAAUGAAGAGCUAGGGAACUUUAUUGAGAAGGUUUUCCUGAAACGUCCCCGCAUGUUUCAGUGAAGGUGUAGAUAAAGAGAGAAAUAAAGAGGAAGUGUAGGUGAUCAAGAAGAGUACAACUGUGAGACUGUUUUGCCACAUAUUUUGGUUUCAUUAUCCAAUCUAAUUUAUCUGUCCUUCCCUCUUCAGUUGAAUUGAAAAAAAAUGCCUGAAGACUGGUGACUGUUGCCAUUUUCAGUGGGGUUUCUCCUUUCCUCAUCUAUUACCCUCCUCCCCUUCAUAUACUGAUAGACAGUGGAAUGAGGUGAAGAAAGAUGCUUUUGUCAAUUAUGUGGGGUACACACAUGACUCAAAUACCCAAAGACAGUCCUAAAUUUUUCCACACUUCCAGAAGGCCUUUCAAAAAUAGAGGAAUUCAAAAAUACAAUAGGACAUGUUUUGUAAGCCUUAUAUUUUAUUAUUUUUUAUCAUUUAUAAUGUUCAGAAGCCUUUUAAACCAUGUAGUCAUUUUCUCUAAUUAUGAAAAAACAGCAAAAAUAUUGAAAUCAAAACCUUUAAAGAAUGCAUGCAUAAACACAUGUUUAUUCCAUGAAACUCAGUCAUGAUGAAAUAUUAAGUGCCAUAAUCUUUAGAAAUCUUUAUGUUUGGUUCAUCCCACCCAACAAAUGUCUUAAGUGUACCUUGUAGUAUUCGGACACACUUGGUCCUGUACAUAGAUUUAAUUGUCUAUAGGCUAACAUUUUAUUUUCUUUUUGAGGUGUUUUUAGCAUUGUUUUUCUACGCAGAACAUUGUUGAACAUAGUUGGUGCAAAGAAUGCUCAUACAUUCCAAAUAUUUCUAAGAAAAGCUUUUUCAUAUAAGCUGUUUUGACAGCAGUUAUUUAUUGCCUUAUUUCCCUUUUAAGAGUAGCAGCAUUUUUGUCAUUGAUGGGUUGGUAGGAUUAUUCCUAGUCAUGAGGACUUUUAGAGACAAAUUCAUGUUCAAUUACUAGAAAUCUUAAUGGUGAAAAUAGAUAUAGAGGUUUGAGGUGUCAAUGCAGCAAAACAACACCUUAAUAUGCACAUUCCCAGUUACCUACUUAAGUUUCUAAGUUUAAAAAGGCAUUGACAAUCUUUUAAUUGAAGUCAAUCAUAUGUCCUAAUGUCCCUUUAAGCAUUUGAUCAACAGUUACCUUUACACAAAAGUUUAGUAUCUGGUACCAGUAUCACAUUUAGGUCAACAGUGCAGAACAAAACUGGAUAUUGCAAAAACAUAGAUGAACUUUAAACUAUGCUUUAGAGAUAAGGGGCACUGUGAACAUCAAUUCUUCACCACUUCUAACUUCAAAGUGAAGUCAAACAAUGAAAUUCUGAGCAAAUUCAGUGCUGACAACAAUUUAAGUACCCAAGUUGUGUGAUACCUUACCCAAAAGGACUGUGAGGGAGGUACAAAAUGAUUAGAAAAGAUAAGAAAAGGGGAGGUGCUUGACAUUCUAAUUAAUUUAAGUAAAAUGUGGAUUGAGAGAUGGACAUAGAGGAGACAAGUGUCUGCACGUUUAUGUGAACUUGCAUCUAAAAUGUGUUUCUUCUCUGAAGACAUUAUGAGCAUUUAAAAAAGCAUAAAAAAAUACAAAAGACAAAUGUUUAGCAUACCAGAGUUAAAAAAACUGUCAAGUCUUGUAUAAAGAAAAUCAGCUGUUUGUCAGUUAUAGAUGUAUCUUGUAUGUACCUUAAUAAACAUGCGUUUGCUGGAUGUAAAUAAUCGCAUGUUGAUGACUAGUUUUGCUACACAGAGAUAAUUCAAUAAAAGUUACUAUUUUUUAUUAA